UUUGAUUUUCUUCCCACCCCUCCCAGUAAAAAAAAAAAAAAAAAAAAAAAAGCCACAUGACCUGUCAAGUAGGAAGUGGCAACUGGCGAGCUCGCGAGCAAAGCAACAGCAGCAGCAGCAACAACGCAAGACGGGGAGGAAACCCAAACCCUUAGAAGUCAAAUUCUCGGUUCUCGCUUUUUUUCCUUUUGUAAGCCGAUACGGUUUCCAGGUCGAACAGCGAACAGGCAGAGCAAUAACUCAACAACAACAUCAACAACAACCAUGUAUUUCAAAGUUGCGUUUUUCACUUUAGUCGCGGCUUUGCUCGGUGUAUCAGCAGCAACAGACGCAGAUGGUUGUGCCCUUCUGACAACAUGUGAUGCAUGUACAAACAGCAGUGAAUGCCAGUGGAUGAAUUGCACAUCAUCAAAUUUCUCCUGUUUCAAUGCGACUGAUAUGGCGGUAAACAGCUCCUGCAGCAUUGCCAGCUGCUCAGCUAAUCCCGUAACAAACCCGACCCAGGCUCCAACUGUGCAUCCCGCUUCAACAGCCCCCUCUUCUCCCACAACUGCUUCUUCUACACACACACCCCCCCCUGUCACAACCAGCAGCACCAUUAACGGCAGCACCGCCGAGCCCACAACAGACAACUCAACAGUUACUCCAGUCACUAGCGCCACUGGAAAUACUUCCAUCUCUACUCCUGGCACCACAGCUUCCCCUUCAAAUGGAACCGCCACAAGCAUCUCACCGGUGGCCCCCACUAGCGCUCCGCACAAGGACUCAACUUUUGACGCCGCAAGCUUCAUCGGUGGAAUAGUGCUGGUGCUGGGUCUACAGGCCGUCAUUUUCUUCCUCUACAAAUUCUGCAAGUCCAAGGACCGCAACUACCACACCCUUUGAAGCAGCCAUAUCUCUCAGACCCCUUGGAUUACAACACUUGUCCUCUCCACCCACCAACCAGAACCAUCUGAGAAAACUCCCCACUCAGCACACAUUCAUCAUGACUGCCUCAAACAGUGUUUUCAAGCAGGGUUCCUUGAUCUUUGAUGUUGUGCCACUUGUGGUUUAGGCCUGCUCUAGUGCUGCAGUUGUAGUCUAUGUAGCCACCAACACAUGCCUGUAUGUAUGAUAUUGACUUUGCAUCAACAAGUGCAACUAAAAGAAUCCUCAAUGGCUCUGCAUUUAAGCCUGAAGCAUUGAGGAUUACACCAUCUUAUAGCUGCUCCCACCCCCAUCAUGCAGUUAGUCAUUCUGUGUCAAACAUUUUUUAGUGUAGACUUGAGGGAGUUCAUGUUAUCCACAUUAUCACUUCCUCAUUUAAGUGUGUCACCUGUUAGGUAAAGAGCCUGUCAUGUACUAAAAGGAGCUUUUUGACGCGGUUUUGGGGUAGUACAGCAGCAAGUUGGAAACACCUACUCCUGUUUUGUCUUGCCUUGGAAACACUGUUUGAGUUCCAUCCCAUUAUUUAAUGCAAUGACGGUGAUGAUGCAUUGCUUUUAGUCUCUGUUGACCUCGUGGGCUGAAAUGCUCACCCCCAUGCAGCAGCAUCAUGUUAAUCUACUUAGCUGUGUUUCUAGAUGAAGUGAAAAGUCACAAGGGAAUAAAGGCAGCGCUCAAUCAUGUAACGUCAGGCUAAAAAAAAUAGCCAUCUCUCUGGUUAAAGGUCCAUUUUGAUGGGUGUGACUCUGUUGGCAUUUAGUGGUGCUGUGCCUUUUUCUGCUAUUGACUUAUCUGGGUAAUUAUUUGAGCCAGCACCAGUAGUUUAAUAUGGCACACUCACCAUCUGCCAAUGGAGAAGCUCAAUGCAAUAAAUCAUUUAUCAUUCCCCAACCCUUAACCACAGCUUCCCAGUUAUUUCUCUUUUUUACCGACUUAAAAACUUACCCAGUCGGAUUGCUAAACUUGAGCUGCCCCGUCAGCCCCGCUCUGACCAAAGCAGUCAGAGGGAGUCCACGGGGUCAAGAUGAAAGAUUGUAGUAUAUAUGGUAAAUAUGAAUAAUUCAUUCGUUUAAAUAUUGUGUAAAAUAUAGAGUAAGGAGAUAAGGAAUAUGGCAUGCACCUUCUUGAUGUGGACAAUGAUAGCAGUGAAGUGCCUUCAAUGUUAAAUGUCGAAUAUGACUUUAAGAGAGGGGAAAUGGAGGAUGAUGAGUCUUUUCCUCCUGGCUGAGGCCCGAGUGUUGUUGUUAGUGUGUUUGCUGACUCAUGGAAUAAGCAGUAUCGCGGUGCUGAUAUUAGUGAACAGUAAGAAACCUACUAUCCCAGCUGGACUGAAGAGCCUUUUGUUGAAAAAUACAGUAGACAUAGUUGUCACUCGGGAGGCCUCCGUGACCCAAAACUUGUUGAUUAUUAACAUCUGAUUGAAGUUUCUCUUAAAAUCAGAGGACUGUUUUCAAUGCAUGAAACCUUUGGUCUUCUAGCUCUAUGGCGAUCUAGUGUGAAUAAACAUUUUAAGAGGAAAGGCGAAGAUAUUAAUUCAGCUUUAUUUCAAAGACUCAAGUAUGGAGAGGUAGGAUUGAGGCAAACAGUUUUAGGCUUUUUGAAUGCUGGCUUGAUCAAAUGAGCAUUGGGCUUUUGAUUUUUUUUUUUUUUUUUUUUUUUCUGAUUUUUGCAGUAUAAACGAGAGAUGGUGAAUGUGCAAACAACUAGGUGGCCAUGUCAGAGCUCAUGUCAAGUUCUCUAAUUAGCUUGCUGCUAACUGUGUGAUUUUUGUCCCACUUGUACAUAGACAUGUCCUGUCUUUCAUUUACCUUCUAUGUUUCAACUCGUAAAAGCAAAAUGAAGGAGUGUUUAUUGAUAGCUUUUGCUUGCAAGCAGCUUGUCAGUGUCAAGACUCUUUUUUUUUAACUGUUCUGUUUGCUUUUUUGCAUUAUUGCAUGCUGGAUGCUUGGAGUUGUGACUUCUUUUCCCCCCUUUGCGUAUGCUCUUAAGGAUUUAGACACAUGAAAAACCACUUGAUUUGUUCUUAACCCAUAUGCUAGCAGAAUGAAUGCCUUGAAACAGUGUGCAUUAAGCCAAAGUCCUCGAUUUUGGCAUGGAAAAUUGAGCAUUGCACUGACAGAGCUUUGUUUUGUAACUUUUUUGCCUUUCUGGACAGUUCCAUGUUUCAGCCAAAAAAAUAAAUCCGAUGCUUGUAUGAAAAAGUCGAUCUUGAAUAUUUACCAGAUAAUGGACAAAUAAUCACUCUGUCGUUUCUUAUGACCACAAACAGUAUGUAAUUUACAAGUGCACAUGUGACUUUUUGUGACCUGCAUAACCUCUGAUUUAAUGUUUCUUCUUGAUCACCAUUAACACGCCUUUCAAAGACUCAAAAUUACAGUCACCUGGUGGCAUUAGGCUACAGCCCAAAGACCCAACUAUGGUGAGUAGGCUACAGAAUUUUUGCCUUAGCUGCACCCAUUAGCUCAGUCUCAGCAUGUGGACUCCCUUCGCCUUCACUCAGAGAGAAGAAACUCAGUUCUAGGUUGAAGCUGUUGAGCAGUUAUCCACUGAUGCCAGUUGGAGUGUUUACUCUUUUGGAAAUGGAAGCUGCAUUCCUUCAAAACACAGCUUUGUGUGUAGGCAUAGUGGUGUAUCAGAAAAACACCUCCAGUAUCCAUAGAUACCGACAGCUGCCCAUUGUUCUCUCUCUCUCUCUCUCUCUCUCUCUCUCUCUCUCUCUCUUUGCAGCUUAUACUACAAGUUACUAAGUCAGUUCCUGCACCUCUUUAGGAAAAGUGCCUUAUUCAGUUAAAUAUCCAUAGAGAGUUAUAGUUUGUCAAAUCACUAUAUGCCACACCUAUCAAAUAUUAAAAGGACUCAGCACUUUCAGACCCCUGUAAAGUGGUUAUCUGUGUUGUAUUCUGCUUAAAUGUCUGUUUUGUCACACACAGCCUUAACUUGUUAAUCAGUGUUUUAAACCACAGCCACAGACUUCAAGUAGUCUCUACUUCAACAGUUUCUCCAUAAUGCCAACAUUUGCAUGAUGACUUGAACUGUAAUUUUGGUCAUAAUUUUCCAUUCUUGAAUCGACUGUGACCUCCGCAUGGUCGCUUAUUUUUUUCUGUCAAGUAGACAUCAAAAUUUGAAAUCCAGUUUUGCCUGUUCUUGUGUUCUCGUAUGGCUCAGCUUUCGGUCUCGCAGUGUGUUAUUCCAAGAGUGGCAACUGAGAAGCUUUUGAUUCCCUUCUUUGCCUUGUUGCUUUAAUACCAUGUGCACAUAUUGCCAUAACAUUUCCCUGUUGUGUUCAGCCAUCAGUCUUAUUGGUGGGAUCUUUGGCUUUGCUUUCACCCCACUUUGAAACACACACUCUCACACUCACUCACACACACACACACAAUCACACAGUAAAAUGUAGACACAUUUGCAGGUGCCACAAUGCCUCCCAUAAUGUCUUUUGCUUGUUUUGUGUCAUUUUUUUCCCCCUCUGAAAUCUUGUUUUUGCCUUGUUUUUCCAGUGUUCCCUUUAGUUUGACAAUGUUAAACCAAUAAAGUUUGAAAAUUGUUAAACAAG